AUGGUCAGGCAAGGCUGUCCAGUCAUUCUUCUCCACCUCUUCAGCAUCUUUGUACAGACGGGAGCUAGAAUGCAGGAUAUCAUGUACCCAUAUGGACCUGGCCAUAGGGAUCUAGAGACCCCCAAGAUGGAUGAUGGGAGUUCUCCUGAAAUUACUUUGCUCAUUCACUUCAUUUUCUUCAAUGUCCCCUACCGUUCCAUCUAUGUCAACAACAAUGGUGUGGUCUCCUUCAACGUACAGGUUAGCCAGUUCACACCAGAGGCUUUUCCGCUGAGUGACAGCAGAUCAUUCAUUGCUCCACUUUGGGCAGAUGUGCACAAUGGCAUCCGCGGAGAUGUGUACUACAGAGAGUCCACUGAACCGGAAAUACUGGAAAGGGCAACACAAGAUGUCCGGAAGUACUUCAAAAACAUGCCCACCUUCACAGCCACCUGGGUCUUUAUAGCAACAUGGCACCAAGUCACCUUCUAUGGAGGAAGCCAGACAACCCCGGUGAACACAUUCCAAACUGUACUAAUCUCAGAUGGUGUGGCGUCCUUCAGUAUGUUCAACUAUGGAGAAAUCACAUGGAGCACAGGAACAGCCAGUGGUGGAGAUCCUUUAACAGGACUGGGUGGGACUACAGCUCAGUCAGGUUUUAAUGGUGGAGACAUUGGUCACUUCUUCAACCUGCCAGGAUCACGGUCAAAUGAUGUAGUGAACAUUGAACAGACAACCAAUGUAAAUAUCCCUGGGCGCUGGUUCUUCCGUGUAGACACUGAACUGAUAGAUCCUGCCAAUGGUUGCAGCUACAAUGGGCGUUAUUACAGACGAGGGGAAAUCUUCUGGCUGUCUGACCAGUGUUCACAGCGAUGCCGUUGCCUUGACAUUGACAAUGAGGUGCAUUGCCAAGAGGCUCCUUGCGGGCAGCUGGAGACCUGCGAGCAGCAGGAAGGGGCUUUUUACUGCCAGCCAACCCGCACCAGCACUUGUGUGGUAUUUGGCGACCCUCAUUACCACACCUUCGAUGGCUUCCUCUAUCACUUCCAAGGAACCUGCUCCUACCUGUUGGCUCGUCCCUGCUGGGAGGUGGCAGGACUUCCCUUCUUCAGCGUGGAGGCCAAAAAUGAGAACCGUGGGGUCGCUUCUGUUUCUUGGCUUAGAGAUGUUACGGUGGAGGUGUAUGGUCACAGAGUCAUGUUACCUAAAGGCAGUUUUGGAACAGUCCAGGUGGAUGGAUUGAUGAAGACUUUACCUGUCCAACUAAAGCUUGGUGCUGUCAAAGUAUAUCAGUCUGGGGUUGCCAUUGCUUUAGAAACUGACUUUGGACUUUUGGUCACCUAUGACGGACAACACUAUGCGUCCAUCUCCCUUCCCAGCUCCUACUACAACAACACUUGUGGCCUUUGUGGUAACUAUAACGAUGACCCUGCUGAUGAUCCCGUGCUUCCUGAUGGCUCUCUAGCAGAAAGCGUUGUGGAGUUAGGGGGCAGCUGGAGAGCAGAGGAUCCAGACUGGAGGUGUACAGAUGGCUGCGCCCAGAACUGCAGUGUGUGUGACCCUCUUACAGAAGCCUUCUACUUUCGCUCAGACUACUGUGGACUCAUCAACAAAACUGAUGGACCUUUUAGGGACUGCAGAGCUGUAGUGGACCCUACAGCCUUUGUGUAUAGCUGUGUAUAUGACAUGUGCAGCAACAGGGAUAAUAUCACCACGCUUUGCCAAGCCAUCCAGGCCUAUGCUCUGGCCUGUCAGGCCCUUGGUGUCACAAUACGACCAUGGAGAUCUCGCACGUUCUGUGCUUUGUCAUGUCCAGAGUUCAGCCAUUACCAAGUGUGCACGAGUGCUUGCCCAGCCUCCUGCUCGGACCUCACAGCACCCCUGUAUUGUGCUCACCCUUGCACUGAGGGCUGCCAGUGUAACCAAGGCUAUGUUCUCAGUGGAAGUCGCUGUGUACAGCGGGAAGACUGUGGCUGUGAGCAUAACGGGCUCUAUUACCCCCUUAAUAACACUUUCUGGGCAGGCCCUGGUGGUGAAGAAGGCGAAUGUACCCUCCGCUGCAACUGCGGGCCUGCUGGAGAAGUCUCCUGUUUCAAUGAAUCCUGUAAGGACGGUGAGGUGUGUUCGGCAGAGGUGGGCUUGCUGGGUUGCUAUCCUCGGAGAGAGGGAGUGUGCUCAAUCACCCAGAACUCAGUGACAUCCUCUUUUGAUGGCACCUUCCUGCUGUUCCCAGAUGACAGUUCCUACUACCUGCUGAAGCUGUGUGGCGCAGUGCCAACUAAUGGAUCAAUGGUGGAGGUGAAGAUGGGCAGGCGGUUGGUGAACAAAGGCCCCACUUGGAAAAGACCUGUGGUAGUUACAGUGGCUAACUUGGAAGCUCAGAUGGGAGGGCUAGAUUUUGAUACAGUAAAGGUGAAUGGUGAAGUAGUGGUGCUUCCAUAUGUCCAUCCGAUGGAGACUAUGAUGAUCUACAGAGCCCCAGGCAAUGCAACAGUGGUGGAGUCCCGUGGUCUGCUUCGUGUCCACUACACACGCCAGGGAUUCCUCAACAUCUCCCUCUCUACCCUCUACUACAAUGUUACAUGUGGUUUAUGUGGCGUCUUCAAUAGCAAUUCCACUGAUGACCUUCGCCUUCCAAAUGGACGCCUGGCGGAGUCUACUGAACAGUUCACAGAGGGCUGGCAGUCCAUUGCUGAUGACCUCACCUGUAAUGGUGACUGUGAUGACCUGUAUCGAAUGUGCACAGACUUGCGUCUCUACCAGAGUCCUUGGAUGUGCGGCAACAUCAAUGAUCCAGGGAAUAGUUCAUUUCUGGCAUGUCACGCAGUGGUCAACCCAUCACCAUUCUUCAGGAACUGCUUGUAUAACAUGUGUGUAAAGGAAGGGAAUCGUUCAGCCCUCUGUUCUUCACUGCAGGCUUAUGCCACUGCCUGUCAGGAUGCUCAAAUAGGCUUUGCUUCCUGGAGGAGUGCCACCAACUGCCCUCUUCCCUGUCCAGAGAACAGUCAUUUUGAUGAGUGCACCAAUGCCUGUCCUCUGACCUGUGCCAACUUGGAUGAACCUGAAGAGCCAUGCCCUCUGCCAUGCCAGGAGGGGUGUCAGUGUGAGGAAGGCUUUGCACUGCGUGAUGGUCUGUGUGUAGCACGCAGUGAUUGUGGCUGUAUGAGCCACGGGCGCCAGCUGGCCACUAAUCAGACUUUCUGGACAGACUGGGAGUGCCAGGAGCGCUGCUACUGCAAUGGCUCUGACAAUAGUGUAUACUGUCAGCUCGCACCCUGUCACGCUGAGGAGUACUGCCAGGAGAAUGAUGGCCUGUAUUUCUGCCAGCCGCGCACAGAGGUCCUGUGUGUGGCAGCUGGUUAUGGACAUUUUCUGCCAUUUGGUGGCGUACCAUUUGAGCUGCAAAGCUCUUGUACUCUUAGGAUGGCCACCACCAACUGUGGGAGAGAGAACAUGGACCACACUACCAUGGGUGGAACUUUUCCUCAGUUUAAAUUGGCAGCUCGUAAUGAAGAAAGGGACACAGGCCAGGCAAUUUGGGUGAGGGGCUUUGUAUUGGAGGUCUACGAGUAUGAGAUUGAAGUGUCUCGAAGCUACAAAAACACUGUCACGGUUAAUAUGGAGCGUUUGUACCUUCCUCUGAAGCUGGGCUCAGGGAGGGUCAACAUCUUCACCUUGGGCAUGCAGCUCAUUCUGGAGACAGAUUUUGGGCUGAAGGUGGCCUUUGACUGGAACACUCUCCUCCUGUUGACUUUGCCCCGUGACCUCUUCAACGCCUCCUGCGGCCUGUGCCAGGAUAUGCCCUUAUCCCCACCCACGUUUAGCACGACUGACUGGGGCAUGACUUGGGCAGAGAGGGACACCUUCUGUCAGGUGGGCUGUGGAGACUCCUGCCCACGCUGUGGCCUGGGAGAGAAAAGCGUGCUAAAUGAUGCCCCUCUCAUGGUGGCUGAUGCCAACACGAACUUCGGCACCGACAAUGGGGCAAAUGAAGUCAACACAGGCAUGCGUUUCCACAUGGGAGAUGGACUGUAUGUGUUUGUGGAGCCUGAGGCAGUGAGGCUGUGUGGGCUAAUUGUGGAUCGAGGAGGUGUGUUUGCACGUUGCCACAGCAAGGUGGCGCCAGCGUUCUUUUAUCAAAGCUGCCUGCAGGACACCUGUCUGGACCAGGGAGCGAUGGAUACAAUCUGCAACUGGCUGCAGAUAUAUGCCAGCACUUGUCUGACCCAAGGGAUGCCUGUUACCGGCUGGAGGAGUGACACACCUUGUGUCCAGAGCUGUCCACCUAACAGCCAUUACUCCAGUUGCAUGUCGGUUUGCCCGCCCCAGUGCGCCCCAGCCCGCGGCCAGAGGGACUGCAGCCAGGACUGUGUGGAGGGCUGCCAGUGUGACCAGGGCUACGUGCUCAACGGCAAGAGCUGCAUCCUACCUCAAAACUGUGGCUGCUACACUGAUGGCAAGUACUAUGAGCCCAAACAGCUGUUUUGGAACAGUGACUGUACCAAACGGUGCCAGUGCAUUGGACGAAACCUGAUCCAGUGUGACCCGAGGCGCUGUAAGUCAGAGGAAGAGUGCACCCUACGUUACGGAGUGCGGGGCUGCUUUGCACGGCGCUCCCAGCACUGUGUGGCAUCUGGUGGGGGGGUUUUCAGGACCUUCGAUGGGGCUUCGCUGCGGCUCCCUGCCUCCUGCUCCUUCGUCUUGUCCACAAACUGUCACAAGCUGCCUGACCUCUCCUUCCAGCUCAUCGCUAACUUUGAUAAAUGGAGCACACCCAACCUCACCACCAUCUCUCAUGUCUACCUGUACAUCAAUGAGGAAAAUAUACUCAUCUCAGGCAGCACGGUCAAGGUCAAUGGUACACCAGUAUCAGUACCGUUCUUAACUGGGCUGAUGACACGUCUGUCCACAUCCGAAGGUUUCAUUGUCAUCGAUACGCUCCAGGACAUUCAGGUCCGAUACAACCACUUUAACACCCUCAGCAUCACAAUGGGCCAGCGGCUUCAGAACAAGGUGUGUGGCCUCUGUGGGAAUUUCAACGGAGACCCCAGCGAUGACUACAUCACCUCCAGGGGAAAGCCGGCUGUCAGCGCCCUGGAGCUGGCCCAGAGCUGGAAGACCAACGGUAUGCAGAACAGUUGUGAUGAAACCCAGUACGUGGCUCUGGCACAGUCCUGUGACAACACGGCAGUGGCGGCGCUGCAAGGUGAAGAUGCCUGCCAGAAGCUCACCCAGCUGAAGGGCUUCUUCCAGCCGUGCCACGGUCUGCUGGAUCCCCGGCCCUUCUACCAGUCCUGUUACCUGGAUGGCUGCUAUAAUCACCGCAAGGCUCAGGUCUGUGGCUCGCUGGCAGCCUACGCAGAGGCCUGCCGCUCCCUGGGCACCCUCACCACCAAGUGGAUCACCCAAGAGAAUUGCUCAGAAUGGAUCUACGACCCCUGUGCAGGAGAGAUCUGCACAAACUUUACCUGUGAGCUGGAGAACGGAGGUGACCUGUGUGGCUGUCCAGAGUUACCCACCAGCACUGGAGGUGAUGAUGACAUUCUCCAGGCGGAGGUGACCUGUAAGCAUGCUCAGAUGGAGGUUUCCAUCUCUAAGUGUAAGCUCUUCCAGCUGGGCUUUGAACGAGAGGACGUCAGGAUCAACGACGAGCACUGCGCUGGAAUAGAGGGAGAAGACUUCAUCUCCUUCCGCAUCAACAACACUAAGGGACACUGCGGCUCCAUUGUACAGUCGAAUGGCACACACAUCAUGUAUAAGAACACUGUGUGGAUAGAGAGUGUGAACAACACCGGGAACGUCAUCACCAGAGACAAAACCAUCAAUGUGGAGUUUUCCUGCGCCUACGAACUGGACUUGAAGAUCUCGCUGGAGACUGUCCUCAAGCCCAUGCUCAGUGUGAUAAACCUCACUUUACCAACCCAGGAAGGAAAUUUCAUCACCAAGAUGGCUCUAUACAAGAACUCCUCGUACCGCAAUCCAUACAGGGAGGGGGAGGUGGUGCUCAGCACGCGAGACAUCCUCUUCGUGGGUGUCUUUGUGGAAGGGGCUGAUGAAAACCAGCUCAUCCUCAUAGUAAACAUGUGCUGGGCCACGCCAUCCCGCUACAGCAGUGACCGACUCCGCUAUAUCAUCAUAGAGAGAGGGUGUCCGAACAUUAAGGACAACACCAUUGGCAUGGCAGAGAACGGUGUGUCACUCACCUGUCGCUUCCAUGUCACCGUCUUCAAGUUUAUUGGGGAUUACGAUGAGGUCCACCUCCACUGUGACGUUUCCCUGUGCGACUCAGAAACAAACGCCUGCAAAGUGAACUGUCCACACAAGAGAAGAAUGUACUCGGAGGACAGCGACCAUAAAGAGCACAUAUUGAGUGUGGGACCCAUAAGAAGGAGAGAAUCAGACUGGUGUGAGGAGGAAAACGGAGGCUGUGAGCAGAUCUGCACCAGUAAGACGACUGGACCAGUCUGCAGUUGUGUGACAGGGAUGCUGCAACGAGAUGGGAAAAGCUGCCGGGCUGUGAGCUCGAGCUGCAUCCUGACACCUGUGGUUUCUCUGCUGAGCGUCAGCGCUGUGAUCUCCAUGUUCCUGGCUCAUGUUCAUACUCUCGUCUCCUAACACCCUGAGAGCAAAAGGAAGGCAACCAAUGAAAACCAUAAAACACCAGAAAAAGACUUGAAGAUGCACAAAGUAUCCACGUUGAUUAGCCAGUAGAUCAGCUGUGUCCCAGUCAGAAAAUCUAGACAGAAUACCCUGUACAUUCACAAAGAUAUUAUUGUUGCAACUGAAGGUACAUAACUAAACAAAAAAAAAGGAAGUCACAAGACAUGGACAAACAUUUCAUUCUCCAUUUCAAAUUGUGUCAUUCUUCACCUCCACCUCCUCCCCUAUUGCUUCAUAUCAGGACAGCUCAUUGGGUGUUUUCCCUUAACGUCACUAUGUAUAAAUUUUUUCACAAGAUUUUUACAUCUUUGAAAUCAGAUGUUGGUAGAAAAAUUAAUUAAUCAGUCAGCCACAGUGUCUUUUUUGACACUACCACCAGACGGCGCCAAAGUAGGACAUUUUCUGGUCCUACACAUAUUGACUUUAAGGUAUAUUUAAUGUCAGUUACUUGUAAGAAAGAUGAGACGUGAACCCAGGACACUGGUGGUUAGGACAAACACUUUCAUGUUCAUCCACACCCUUACUUGACCCUGCUAUGAUCACAUUAUAUUCUGCAUUGCAAGCUAACAAAUAGUCCCAUAAUGAACGUAAUUGCGAGAGGUCAUGGUAGCAUUAUCUGGAUUCUGAUAUCUGGUCACAGGACUUUGCAUUUACACCUGAUAUUAAUAAGCGUUCUCGAUUCCGCCCGUAAUGUGACUGGAUCUCAUUAUCAAAAAUCAGGUAUUCUGAACUAGCAGACACAUCAACAAACAUCUGUGAGUGUCUAAAUCUGUCCAAAUGUCUGUCCAAGAGGACUGAAGCGCAAUUUCUAGAGAGUUUAUCAGUUUUUCUCUAUUAUAUUAUGUAAAGAAACUAUAGCUGAAACAAUUAGUCAUUUAAUUGAUUGUUGAUCAACAGAAAAUUAAUCUGCAACCAUUUUGGUAAUCGACUGAUCAAUUUAUGUUUUUUUUUUAACAAAACAGCCAAACAUUCUCUAAUUUCUGUUUCUCAAUUGUGAGGAUUUUGUGCUUUACUUAAUUUUAUGUGAUAGUUAACUGACAUCUUUGGAUUUUUGACUCUUGGUCAAAUAAAACAAAAAAUUUUAAGAUGUCUUAUUGAGCUGUAGGAAACUGUGAUUCAAAAAAAAAAAGAGUAAAUGUUACAGACCAAACGAUUAUUUGAUUCCUCUAGAAAAUAAUCAGCGGAUUCAUACGGUAAUGAAAAUAUUACUUACAAAAACUAAAAACCAGGAAGCCUGUGAAAACAAGUGAAGUCUCAAGUCUCAUAGCACAUUUUAUCCACUCUUGGCCCACGCAGACUGGACAUGAUAGAGUCUGUGUGACCAAAGUCCAUAAGGAUUUACUCCAAGUCCAUAGGGGGGAGAUUUUGAGGCAACCAGUGAAGAAACCUGCUGACAUCAGGGCUAAUUUGGCUUUCGCAGUUGCUGUCUUGCAUGUAGUCGCGGUCUUUAGAGUCUCCCAAAUUGAUGCUGCUGUAUGGGCUCUAUGGGAUCUGCUCAUUUCUUCUUUGCCAUUUUUCUUAAGAAAGUGGUCAAACAUGCAGAUCACACUGACAUCUGGCUGAGAUCUCGUCACAGUGAGGGCCCGACCACCUCCAGAUGCACAUCUGGCCGAUCUGAUUGCAAUCACUUUGCAUUAACAUAUACAUUUCCUUAUCCAGAUAAGAUACUCAGAUACAGAUCACAUGUUAAUACCAGGUGUACAUGGCGUCUAAGGGUAAAAGUGUGUCAAUAGAAAUUCACUGUUGGACAGUAGAUCUACUGGCUAGCUUUAACCAGAGCAGAGGUGAUCUAUUUACUUCCUAUUUGACCUCCAGACCAACUACUGCAAUCAGUGUUUAUCAUUCUAAACCAACAAAAUCUACAUCAGCUUGUGGUUGGAAGAAUCUAUGGAUUACGUAAGAAGAAAACUGGUUCAUAUAUUUCAUUAUGUAAACAACGAUAGAGUGCAUUUAAGUGGCUGGCAUACAUAUACUUGGAUGUCAAUGUGGAGUUUGAUGUGGAGUAUGAAUGAAGUGAGUAUAUAUGUGUGAGGAGAGCACCUUGUGAAAUGAAUACUCUUUUAUUUCUUAGCUCACUUUUUACUGUCAUAGAUUAGUGCCCAGGUUGUGUUGCGGCUGUGAGAUUUGCAAUCAGUUGUGCCAUUAAAAUAUUUAAUUUCUAUCUUAAUCAGUGAUAGCGUUGUAACACUCCUGCCAUAAAUACUGAAUGUUGGCUCCGACUCAGUUUCCCUUUUAGGGUGGACAUGUGAGGACUUGUAAUACAGUCAGUAGUGUAAGGUUCUCCAAGUAUGGUCCCCGGUCAUUGUUUUCUAUUUGGCACCACACAUCCUAUGUAAUGUACAAAAUGUACAGUCCUUGUCAGUUUGGUGGUAUAUGUUGUGCCUUUUUUUAAAAUAAUCAUUAUCUUUUUUGAUGUUUAAAACCGUGACCAAAAGAUGUUUUAUUCUUUGAGAGCACCACCACCACCAUGACCUUCAAUAAAUAAGUUCUCAAAGUCA